AUGGAGAAAGAAAGAUCCAUAGUGUGCAUAAUUGCAAAUAUUUGGUUCUUGUUGUUCUUCCAAUUUGGUGCUAUCAUCAUGGAGACCAAUGCAUCUCCCCACAACAUCAAUUCAAACAAGUACAUGGUACCUGAAAAACAACCUUACAGAACCUGGUACCACUUUCAGCCUCCACAAAAUUGGAUGAAUGGUAUUAUCCUUAGCAUUUUCUUAAUUUAUCCAAAUGGUGUUACUGCACUACUAUUUCAUCUACUUGUCAACUCUUUAUUCAAUGAAACACAUCAAAAUUAUGAUCUAAUGACAAGUGUUGGUUUAAUUGCCACAGGACCAAUGUACUACAAAGGAGUUUACCACUUUUUCUACCAAUUCAACCCUUAUGCACCAACCUUUGGUAGGCACAUGGUAUGGGGUCAUUCCGUAUCCUAUGAUCUCAUCAAUUGGAUUCAUCUAAAUCAUGCUCUUGAACCAAGUGAGUCCUAUGACAUUAAUGGCUGCUAUUCUGGCUCAAUCACAACCCUCCAUGGGGAAAAACCUAUCAUUAUGUAUACAGGGAGUGAUUCUAACGAGCAUCAAAUCCAGAACUUGGCUAUGCCAAAGAAUCUAUCAGACCCCUUCUUAAGGGAAUGGGAGAAACACCCUGAAAACCCUAUCUUGAUUCCACCAAGUGGAGUAGAAGUGGAUGGAUUCAGAGACCCUACAACUGCUUGGCAAGGAAGUGAUGGCAAAUGGAGAGUGAUUAUUGGUGCCAAAAGUGGUGAUGAAGGGAAGGCUCUUCUCUACCAUAGUGAGGAUUUUGUUAAUUGGAAACUACUUCCCAAUCCUUUGUAUGCAUCAGAAAAUACUGGGAUGUUUGAGUGUCCAGAUUUUUUUCCAGUGCACAUCAGUGGCACAAAGAAUGGGGUGGAUACAUCUGUCCAAAACAGCAGUGUCAAGCAUGUCUUGAAAAUGAGCUAUCAAAACAAACAACUAGAGUACUAUUUUCUAGGUGACUAUUUCCUUGAUCAGGAAAAGUUUGUUCCUGAUGCUGAUUUGGAAGGACCUAGUCUGAACUUAAUAUUGGACCAUGGAAUGUUUUAUGCAUCCAAGUCAUUUUUUGACUAUGCCAAAAACAGAAGGAUAUUGUGGGGAUGGUCAAAGGAGUGUGACACAACACAAGAUGAUUAUGAGAAAGGAUGGGCUGGUCUACAGAGUAUUCCAAGGCAAGUUUGGCUUGAUACAAGUGGGAAGAUGUUGAUGCAGUGGCCAAUUGAAGAGGUAGAAAAACUACGUGAUGAAAAAAUUAGCAUAACGGGAGAGAAACUGAUUGGUGGAGCAAUUAUUGAAGUCGCAGGUAUCACAGCAUCACAGGCCGAUGUAGAAGUGUUGUUUGAGCUACCAGAACUAGAGAAUGCAGAGUUGCUAGAUGAAAGUGAAGUUGAUCCACACUUACUGUGUAGCGAAGAAUACGCAUCAAGAAGUGGCAUAAUAGGGCCAUUCGGGUUGUUAGCUUUAGCAUCUGAGGACCAAACAGAACACACUGCAAUCUUCUUCAGAAUAUAUAGGGCUCCCAAUGGAUUUGUAUGCCUCAUGUGCAGUGACCAAAGCAG